CGGUAACGCGAGGAGUGAAGUUGUGUGAUUUGUUUUAUUUUGUCUAUUUAGUGUUUCUUCAAGUUCAAAUCUGUAAUAACGGUGGUUUAUUAACUGUUUAGCAUCUGUGAAAGUGCACAAAUGCGGGAAAAUGAAACAAAGCCGCCGAACGUAACUUCUCGGGAUCCUCCAAAAAGUCCGCUGAAAAGUCUUAGUAAAUGACCACUAUUUUACUGAAAUUAUACUUCAUCCCAUAUCAUCUCAUUUCAUUUCAUAAUAUCAUUUUUCAUAUAAGAAAGUUAUAAUUAAAAUUAUACUUGACCUAAAGGUCUUAGUUACCAGGUCAUAAAAUCCCUUAAAAAAAAAGUAGAAACUGAAUAUUGAUUUUUAGUUUCAACCAGAAUUUAAAAUUUACCUUUCAUUAAAGCUUCGUUAAUUUAUCAUGUCACGAAAGUAUCGAGAUGCCGCUGCGUCAUUGCAGCUAAGUGUUCAGAGACAUCUGCAAGAAUUUAGUGAACUCUCAUCUUCUGAAAAUGAUGAACCAUACGAUGCUAGUGUGCUCGAGGAAGUUUUACAAAGAUACUGCAAGGGUGGUGGCGAUCGCCGUAUGCUCAAUAGGACCAAGAACAUUCUAGAAGAAGCGCUUAGUGGUAAUCCUAUAACAUGCCUCAUAUGUAUAAGCUCUGUCAAACGAACAGAUGCUAUUUGGACCUGUGGGCAUUGCUACUGCUAUUUCCACCUCACCUGUGUGCAGAAAUGGUCAAUCGACAGCGUCACGCUUCGCAGUGACGAGAAUGAGGGUCCUGUAUCCAUUGUGAAACCACAAAAAACCGAGUGGUGCUGCCCAAAGUGUAGAUUUACUUACAACAAAUCUGACAUACCGCGAAAAUAUUAUUGUUUUUGCGGGAAAAACGAUGAUCCGACAUUUCAUCCUUGGUUAAUACCGCAUAGCUGUGGGGAGAUAUGCGAGAAAAGGUUGUCAACGGGUGAUAGCUGUAAACAUAAGUGUCUGUUACUCUGCCAUCCGGGCCCUUGUCCACCUUGCCCACAGACUGUCAAUGGUACCUGUUACUGUGAGAAGGAAUUUAAAAAAGUAAGAUGCAGUGCAGCUAAAUGGUCAUGUAACCAAACAUGCCAGAAAACAUUACUUUGUAAAACUCAUAAAUGUGAAGAUGUUUGCCAUGAAGGAGAAUGCCCACCUUGUCACUUCUCAAGCUCACAAUCAUGUAACUGUGGAGCUGAGAUAGCCCAUAGACCUUGCAAUGAUCCACACUGGCAGUGUCAGCGACCAUGCCAGAAGUCAUACCCUUGUGGCUAUCAUAAGUGUGAAAAAGUCUGCCAUUCAGGGAAUUGCGGGCCUUGUCCUAGCUCUGGAAAUCAAUCAUGUCCAUGUGGGGCAAAUAAACGCUAUGUAGAAUGCCCUGAUACCAUCGAAACGUGUCUUGGAACAUGCAAUAAAAAACAUGACUGUGAACAUACAUGCCCAGAGAAAUGUCAUAAAGGCCCAUGUCCACCGUGCCAGGUGUUAGUCCAAAAGAAAUGCCAAUGUGGAACACACCUCAGAUCUCUGCCAUGCAGUAAAGAAUUCAGAUGUGAAACAAAAUGCAGAGGAACACGGCCCUGUAGAAAACACAGUUGUGGCCGGAAGUGCUGCAAUGGUAACUGUCCACCAUGUGAGAAAAUAUGCGAUAAGCAACUCCAAUGUGGUCGACAUCGAUGUACCAAUAUCUGCCAUCUAGGUCCCUGUUAUCCUUGCCCCCAAGAAAUAAAAGUGCCAUGUAACUGUAAAAAAACUUUCAAAACCGUUCCAUGUGGUAGAUACAAAAUGAUUAAACCACCACGAUGCACACUUCCAUGUCAUUUAAAAUACAAAUGUGGACAUGUAGAUGAAAACAAACAUUCCUGCCAUUUUGGAGAGUGUCCCCCUUGCAAAGCAGUGUGCGGUAAGAAGUAUAAUAAAUGUGAGCACUAUUGCAAGAGCACCUGCCAUAAAUAUGUUUUAGUCGUAUUUAGACAAGUCAAGAAACCUGCCACACCCUGGGAAGCUCAACGGCCAAAAACAAAAAUCACGGCAUUAGACUGUCCUCCUUGUGAGACUCCGUUACAAUUAAUUUGCUUUGGUGAACAUGAGACAGACACACAGGCAUGUCAUUCAGCAAAAAGAAGAUCUUGUGGAAGAGAGUGCGGAAAACCUCUAACUUGUGGUAAUCAUAAAUGUACAUUGGAAUGCCACCUUCUCCGUGAGGAUCCUGCUUAUAGAGAUGUGCCAUCUGUCUGCAAACCCUGUGACAAGCCUUGCUUAGUUUCUCGACCUGAGAAAUGCACACACAAAUGCCCAAAGGGUGCCUGUCACCCAGGUCCAUGCCCUCCAUGUGAGAUUUUAGAAAGAGUUGCAUGUCAUUGCAAUGUAACUGAAUUAUACAUACGCUGCAGACAACUGUCUGUAGCUGCUGAAGAUAUGCUCUCUUGUAAGCAACAGUGCCCGAAGAGCUUGGUAUGUGGACACCGUUGCAAAAACACAUGUCAUUCUGGUCCUUGCACCAAUCAAAUAUGCACAAAGAAGACCAAAGCAUAUUGUGUAUGUAGAAACAUUAAAAAAGAGCUUCCUUGUAAUUUGAUUAGAAAUGGUGAAACAAAAAUAGAAUGUGAUGAAUCAUGUGAAAAGAAAAAACUUGCUGCUAAACUUGAAAAAGAGAUGGAAGAACAACGACAAAAGAAGUUAGAGGAAGAAAAGAACAGGAGAGAGCUAGCAGAAUAUGAAUGGAAAUUGAGUGGGAAAAAGAAAAACUACAAAGAGAAGAAGAUUAUCCCCAAUAAAGAUAACAGGAACAUGUUACAAAAGAACUGGAUUCCGAUUAUAUCUGUUAUAGUUGUGAUGUUAGCAUUAUGUAUUUAUUGUGUAUUGUAUAAUUAAAUCACUCUGCAAUUACAGCCAUUUUAACUAAAUUUAAUAACUAAAUUUAUCUACUAUUUAGAUUGCAAUCCAGAUUAGAUCUAGCUACUACUUGUAUGAUUUAGCUUAUAUGUACUGUAAUGACUGUAAUUUGUUUUGUGCAUAAAAAAAAAAAAACUUAAAAUAUUUUGAUUGUUAGGCGAACAGAACUUAUUACCCACCUGAUUAGAUCUAGGUACUACUUGUACGAUUUAGCUAAUAUGUACUGUAAUGAUUGUAAUUUGUAUUGUGCAAAAAAAAACUUAAAAUAUUUUGAUUGUUAGGCGAGCAGAACUUAUUACCCACCUGAUUAGAUCUAGGUACUACUUGUACGAUUUAGCUUAUAUGAGUCGUCUAUUAUCAAAGGUGGCAAUCUGUGCAUUUGGACAAAAAAAUGUUAUUGAUAUGUCAAUACAGAUUGAUUUGAAUAUAAUCGUCUCCUUCAAAGAAUACGGUUCAAAACCUCCAUUAAAUAAAGGUUAAUACUUAACCUGUUAUUUAUCUAAGAUGUCGUUCAGAAGAGUUUUGUGACUGCCAAUGGAAUACAAAGUCAAUAAUUCGUUUUUCUGAUUUACCAAUAAUUGUCCAAAAGUCACAUUGCCGGCUUUGAUAAUAGUCGACUCAUAUGUACUGUAAUCAUUGUAAUUAGUUAUGUGCAUCAAUAAAUAAAUAAAUAAAAAUCCUAAAA